AUAAAUACUUUAGUCGUAGAACUGAGCGGAACGAAUAUAUUAAUAAUUGUAAAAAAACAGUCACUCCGAUACAUUUUCGCACGCAUUAUUCUCAUUCUCUCAUUCGGUGCUUCAAGUUUGAAAGUGAAUUUCACCAUUUCCAUUUUGUUAUUUAAUAUUAAGGAAAAACAACAGAUAGUUGAGCUUGUCAACGAGCGAACAUGGGUGAAGGAACACAAUGUGGACUUCCAAAUGAAUUUUGUUUCAUGGAUUUAAAGAAAGGUGCAAAAGUUAUUGGAUUCUUAUGCUUACUCCUAUCUAUUGUAUCCAGCGUCCUGCUCCUUUUCUACUUGUUCGCUGAUGCUGAUGAAAUUACAAAGGAAAUAGCCGGCAAUGAUAUGCAUACAAAGGAGAAAUUGGAUCCACACACAUCCUCCACGCGAACAGUCGCAGGUUUAUUAUUAGCAUUAAGCAUUUUUUAUGGAAUCGCAUCGAUUUUCUUGAUUAAAGGAUCACUGGAUAAAACAAAGAAAUAUAUGGUGCCGUUCCUGGCUAUUACACUUGUUGCUUUAAUCUCGUGUAUAAUUAUAUCAGUCACACAGUAUGAGAAAGGAAACUUCUACCUCAUGCUGACUAUAUGUGUCGUCCUGAUUUACUUCUUCUUAUGUAUUUAUUCACUUUACAAACGUUUAUCUGUUGACUAUUAAUUAGAAUCUCACAUAUUAUAAUUAAAUCGGA